CCGAUCCUCUCACAUCCUUUGCCUGGAGGCGGUCUGGUUGCCCAUUCUCUCCGCUCCACUUCUCCUUGCAACAACUUUCUAAUCGCAAUUUACUUCAAUCCUCGAAACCUCGAGCUGAAUACAUCUAACACACCAUGAACGCGACGGAACUGCUCGCCAACUCAAUUUCAUCAGAUCAGAACACGCGUGAUGAGGCUACGCAAAAGUUGGAGAAUGCAUCGCGGGAGAACUACCCCGAAUACAUGAUUAUGCUGUCGUCCGUUCUGGUGGACGAGAGUACCCCCUUGCAUGUAAGAAAUGCCGCAGGAUUGGCCUUGAAAAACGCACUUACCGCUCGUGAUCUGAUUCGACAAGCAGACUACGCCAACAGGUGGAUGGCGCUUCCCAACGACGCUAAGCAGAAAGUCAAAAGUGACGCGCUUUUGACCUUGGCAUCCACCUCCCAAAAGGCUGGUGCUUUUGCUUCCCAGGUGGUCGCUGCCAUUGCCGCCGUUGAGCUCCCUCUCAACCACUGGGGAGAUCUCAUUGAGCUGCUGCUGGGCUUCGUGAAUACGCAAAACAACGUCAACCUACGAAUCGCGACGUUGCAAACGAUCGGUUACAUCUGCGAAUCAAUAAAACCAGAAAUUCUGACUCUGCGUUCGAAUGAGAUUCUCACUGCUGUGAUUCACGGUGCUCGUAAAGAGGAGCCCUCCCCUGAAGUACAACUCGCUGCAAUCCACGCACUCUUCAACUCUCUCGAGUUUGUGCGGGACAACUUCGAACGUGAGGGCGAGCGCAAUUACAUCAUGCAAGUUGUUUGUGAGGCGUCGCAAAAUUCGUCCGUUCCAGUCCAAGUAGGCGCAUUCGAGUGUCUUGUGAGGAUAAUGGGGUUGUAUUACGAUAAAAUGAGCUAUUAUAUGGAGCAAGCUUUGUUUGGGUUGACUGUUGUGGGAAUGAAACAUCACGAUGAACGAGUUGCCCUGCAAGCUGUGGAAUUUUGGUCAACUGUCUGCGAGGAGGAAGUUGAUUUGGCUAUCGAAGCUCAAGAGGCUCAAGAAUACGGCGAAGCACCCGAAACUGAAUCAAAACAUUUUGCCAAGAUUGCGCUUCCAGAAAUUAUCCCUGUACUCCUCCAAUUGCUAACUCAGCAAGAAGAAUUAGCUGAAGAAGACGAGUGGAACCUGUCGAUGGCUGCGGGAACGUGUCUUUCGCUGCUGGCGGCAGCGGUACAAGAUGCUGUCGUGCCUGCUGUCAUCCCAUUCAUAGAAGCCCACAUCAAGUCCACGGACUGGCAUUACCGUGAGGCCGCAGUCAUGGCAUUUGGUUCGAUCCUUGAAGGACCAGACCCCAUUGUUUUGACACCUCUCGUCGGUCAAGCUCUGCCUCUUCUUAUCGACAUGAUGCAAGACAGCAAUGCCGAUGUCAAGGACACAGUUGCAUGGACCUUGGGACGAGUCUCAGAUCUACUCGUCCAAACGAUCAAGCCCGAUGUGCAUCUUCAUCCACUGGUGUCUGCGCUCGUUAGUGGCCUUGGCGAUUAUCAAGAGCACCCCCGCAUCGUGGCCAAUUGCUGUUGGGCGUUGAUGAAUCUGGCGGAACAACUGGGGACGUUCGAUAAUGACCCAGAGCAGCCGGCGCCGACUGGUCCGCUUUCGCCCUACACCGAGGGCGUCAUUCAGGCCCUUCUACGUGUCACCGAAAGUGGCAGCAAUGAGCACAACUUCCGGACCGCUGCUUAUGAGGCCAUCUCUGCCUACCUGAGUGGUGGCGCUGCCGACGUUAUUCCUGUUGUCCAAAAUACCGUCGUCAUCAUCUUGCAGCGCAUGGAGCAACUGUUGGGCAUGCAGGCGAACGACAGAAACAAUUGGAAUGAACUCCAGGGUAAUUUCUGCAGUGUCAUCAUCGUGCGCGUCUUGCUUGCUGGUAUUUCUUCAUCCUCAAUUCCUCCAGACUGUCAUUCGGAAGCUUGCUGCUGGGAUCCAACCUCUGGCCGACCGCGUCAUGACUCUUCUUCUCCAACUUAUCCAGUCUGCCGGCAAGACGUCCACUAUUCUCGAGGAUGCCUUCCUGACUGUCGGAGCUUUUGCGUCUGGCGCGUUUUUAUUACAUUCCUCCGACACUCGUCUCACUCUUUGUUAGCACUGGAGUCCAACUUCUUGCCUUACAUGCAAGCGUUCUUGCCAUAUCUGUAUCCUGCUCUGAAAGCACACGAGGACACUCAAUUGUGCACCAUUGCCGUCGGUAUCAUUGGCGAUAUCGCGAGGGCUCUUGGUCCUCAGUCAGCUCAAUUCGCCGGGCAGUUUAUGACCGUUCUUCUGGAAAAUCUACAGAGCGAUGUUCUGAACCGCAAUGUCAAAAUAACUAUUUUGAGUGGAUUCGGAGACAUCGCUAUCGCAAUCGGAGCCGAGUUUGAGCCGUAUCUGGAUACGACAAUGAAUGUGCUCAGACAGGCUGGAGGAAUGCAGCCCAAUCCUCUUGAUUAUGACUUGAUGGACUACGUUGGCCAGCUCCGAGAAGGCAUUCUGGAAGCAUAUACUGGACUGGUCAGCGGGUUCAAAGGCACCGAGAAAGUUGCGGUCCUCAUUCCAUAUGUCGAAUCUAUGUUGGACCUGAUCCAGCGCUGUGCUCAGGACGAUGAGCGCACCGAUACUCAGAUGAAGCUGUCAUAUGGUCUCCUGGGGGAUAUUGCCGAUGCGCUCAACGGCAGCCCGCAGCUGAAGCAGAUGCUCUUAAAGCCAUGGGUUGCACAAGAGUUGCGCACAAAGCAUCGGAUGGCAGCAGAGACUAAUCGAACACGGCGAUGGGCUCGUGAAAUGGUUAAACUGGCCACUCAGUAGAUGCAUCCCUCCCUACCUUUAUAUCCCUUAUCCGUUUUCUUCGGCUCUCAUUACGCAUGCAGCAUAUAUAUCAUAGCCAUCUGAAGGAGGCAGCAUGAUUAGACAAAACACAUCCAUUCACAUUUUGCAUGCCCUCAAUUUGUGUCCAGUCAACUGUAUCAUCUACUCGCACCUUGUUCUAGUUUAUACUAUCCUUUCCCCCCUCAAGUAGUAAUGAUAACUGGAUCACUCUAUUCAUAACCCUUUAGACUUUCUGUAUCAAGUAGUGUGAUCAUAGAGAAAGAUUUGUG